AUGGAGAAAAAUGAGGGAGAGGAUUGGAGGGAGAUGGUGAGGAGAAUGCUUCCACCAGGAGUUGAUGGGGCUAAUAUGGAAUACUCAAUAGCAAGUGAGUAUACUGGUCCUCUAUUGUCAUAUGAGNUUCCUUUGAAGCCAGAUGAGAUGGCAGAACUCUUUGGCUGCCCUUUACCUCCUCACAAGUUGAAGCCUGGGAGGUAUUGGUAUGAUAAGGAAUCUGGACUAUGGGGAAAGGAAGGAGAAAAACCAGACAGAAUUGUUAGUUCAAACCUAAAUUUUACGGGAAAACUUAGUGCUCAUGCCAGCAGUGGAAAUACUCAGGUUUACAUUAAUGGCCGAGAGAUUACAAAACGUGAACUCAGAGUGCUCAAGUUUGCAAAUGUGCAAUGCCCUCGUGACACUCACUUUUGGGUAUAUGAUGAUGGUCGUUAUGAGGAAGAAGGACAAAACAAUAUUCGGGGCAACAUCUGGGAAAAGGCAUCAACACGGUUUGUUUGCUCUCUGUUUUCAUUGCCUGUACUGCAUGGUCAGCCCUAUGGACAGAGAGACGAGCCUAGCAAUUAUACUACUGUUCCAAAUUACUUAGAGCAGAAAAGGGUUCAAAAGCUACUUUUGCUUGGGCUUGAAGGUUCUGGAACAAGCACUAUUUUCAAACAGGCGAAAUUUUUGUAUGGGAACAAGUUUACUCCUGAAGAAAUCCAGGACAUCAAGUUGAUGAUUCAAAGCAAUAUUUACAAGUAUCUGAGCAUUCUCCUUGAUGGAAGGGAGCGCUUUGAGGAGGAGGCUUUAUCAACAAUAAAAGCUGAAGGUAGUGAGACCGAAUCUGCGGAAAACACCCAGUGUGUCUAUUCCUUAAAUCCAAGGUUGAAGAAUUUCUCAAAUUGGCUACUGGAUAUUAUAGCAACCGGAGAUUUGGAUGCUUUCUUCCCUGCAGCAACGCGUGAAUAUGCUCCAUUGGUUGAAGAGGUCUGGAAAGAUCCUGCUAUACAGGAAACAUACAAGAGGAAGAAUGAGCUUCAUUUUCUUCCAGAUGUGGCGGAUUACUUCUUGGGCAAGGCUGUUGAGGUAUCAAGCAAUGAGUAUGAACCUUCGGAGCAAGACAUUCUGUAUGCAGAAGGAGUUACCCAGGGGAAUGGGUUGGCAUUUAUGGAGUUCCAAUUGGAUGAUCGUAGCCCAAUGUCUGACACCUAUGGAGACAAUCUGGAUGCUCCUCCUCCCCCUCUCACCAGGUACCAGCUAAUUAGACUAAAUGGCAAGGGAAUGAAUGAAGGAUGCAAGUGGGUGGAGAUGUUUGAAGAUGUUCGUGUCGUUGUAUUUUGUGUUGCCCUUAGUGAUUAUGAUCAGAUGUGGGUUGCUCCAGAGGACAGUGGUAGUGGCACACUACUUCAGAACAAGAUGAUGCAUUACCGAGAACUUUUUGAAACAAUGGUCAGGCAUCCCUGUUUCAAAGAGACCCCAUUUGUUUUAAUAUUGAACAAGUAUGAUCUGUUCGAGGAGAAGCUCAACUGUGUGCCAUUGGGCGCUUGUGAAUGGUUCACUGAUUUCAGUCCACUGAGACCUCAUAAUAAUAGCCAGUCGCUCGCUCACCAAGCAUAUUACUAUUUAGCCAUGAAGUUCAAAGACCUCUAUGCUUCCCUCACCGGUAGAAAGCUAUUUGUGUGGCAAGCUCGGGCAAGGGACAAAAUAACUGUUGAUGAGGCAUUCAAGUAUAUAAGGGAGGUAGUGAAGUGGGACGAGGAAAAAGAAGAGACCUACUAUGUUGGAGCAGAAGAUUCAUUUUACAGUACAACCGAUAUUAGCUCGUCUCCAUUCAUCCGGCAGGAGUGAAAGAAUAAUUUAAACGUAUGUUGAUAUUGUAGAUAGGACAAAGAAAGAGGGAUGUAAUAUGGUAAUAAGUUGAAUCUAAUUUUUUUUCACCAUCGCCUUUUCGUGGUUUUUACAGAGAUGGUGUUUCAAGUGAGUGAUUAUCUUGGGUUAUAUUGCUGUGCCAUCCAAGUAUAUAUUCUUAGAUGGCAGUGGAAUGAUGAUAAUAAAUGCUUAUUAUCAACCUUCUACCUCAUCUGUCUGUUGUAAAAGUAGCUUUGCUUUUAGUUACAUGAGCAGUACCAAUUAUAUGAGUCUUUCUUUGCUGUAA